AUGGUGGAGCUGGUCGAGAAGCUGGAGGUCAUGCCGACGCCCGAUGACAUCAUCGUGGAACCUCCGCUGGACACAGUGCCGCCUCCUGAUGAUACUGUAGCUGUGCCUCCCUCCAUGGCUGCUCCCCCGCCGGACACCAUUGCAGGGCCUCCUGAUGACAUCAUGGCUGCUCCCCCGCCGGACACCAUUGCAGGGCCUCCUGAUGACAUCAUGGCUGCUCCCCCGCCGGACACCAUUGCAGGGCCUCCUGAUGACAUCAUGGUUGCUUCCCCGCCGGACACCAUUUCGGGUCCUCCUGAUGACACCGUGGCUGGUCCUGGUGACACAGUGGCUGGUCCUGAUGACACCGUGGCUUCUCCCCCACCGGACACCAUCGCGGCACCUCCUGAUGACACAGUGGCUGGUCCUGAUGACACCGUGGCUGGUCCUGAUGACACCGUGGCUGGUCCUGAUGACACAGUGGCUGGUCCUGAUGACACCGUGGCUGGUCCUGAUGACACCGUGGCUGGUCCUGAUGACACCGUGGCUGGUCCUGAUGACACCGUGGCUGGUCCUGAUGACACCGUGGCUGGUCCUGAUGACACCGUGGCUGGUCCUAAUGACACCGUGGCUGGUCCUGAUGACACCGUGGCUGGUCCUGAUGACACCGUGGCUGGUCCUGAUGACACCGUGGCUGGUCCUGAUGACACCGUGGCUGGUCCUGAUGACACCGUGGCUGGUCCUGAUGACACCGUGGCUGGUCCUGAUGACACCGUGGCUGGUCCUAAUGACACCGUGGCUGGUCCUGAUGACACCGUGGCUGGUCCUGAUGACACCGUGGCUGCUCCCCCACCAGACACUAUCGCGACGCCUCCUGAUGAUGCCGUGCCACUUCCUGAUGAUGCCAUACCGCCUCCUGAUGAUGCCAUACCGCCUCCUGAUGAUGCCGUGCCGCCUCCUGAUGACGACGUGCUGCUUCCUGAUGACGCCAUACCGCCUCCUGAUGAUGCCGUACCGCCUCCUGAUGGCGCCGUGCCGCCUCCUGAUGGUGCCGUGCCGCCUGCUGAUGGCGCCGUGCCGCCUCCUGAUGGCGCCGUGCCGCCUACUGAUGGCGCCGUGCCGCCUGCUGAUGACACCGUGCUGCCAGCUGAUGGCGCCAUACCACCUCCUGAUGGCGCCGUGCCGCCUACUGAUGGCGCCGUGCUGCCAGCUGAUGGCGCCAUACCGCCUCCUGAUGACGCCGUGCCGCCUCCUGAUGACGCCGUGCCGCCUCCUGAUGACGCCGUGCUGCCUCCUGAUGACGCCGUGCCGCCUCCUGAUGGUGCCGUGCCGCCUGCUGAUGACGCCGUGCCGCCUCCUGAUGGUGCCGUGCCGCCUGCUGAUGACACCAGGAGACCUCUGUGA